AAACGGCGGCAGUUGGCGACAAAGCAAGGGGCGCCACUCACAUCGAGAUCCGCCGGAUUCCGCGCAGCCAGCGAGCGACCCAGAGGAUCCAGCCGAGCAUGAUGCCCAGCCAGCACAGCGCCGCCCAGCUCGAGUUGCCGCAGCUCGAGGCGCCCGCUCCGCGGCUCCGCAAGGAGCGCAAGCCCGUCUGCAAGUGGACGGAGAAGGAGGAUCUGCUGAUGCUCAAGCUCGUGCAGAAGUACGGGACCCGCCACUGGACCAUCAUCGGUACCAAGCUGCCCGGUCGCAACGGCAAACAAUGCCGUGAACGAUGGCACAACCAGCUCGACCCGGCCAUCCGGAAGGAGCCGUGGUCGCCCGAAGAGGAGCGCAUUCUCAGGGAACUGCACGACAAGUUCGGCAACAAGUGGGCGGAGAUCGCCAAGAUGCUGCCCGGCCGGACGGACAACGCCAUCAAGAACCACUGGAACUCCAGCAAGCGACGACUCAAGCGCGGCGUCACGCCGACGGCGGCAGCGCAGCGCAAGCGCCGCGACAGCUCCGGCUCCGAGAGCAACUCAAUUGGAGACUUUCCGGACUUGCCGUCUCCCGUGUCCGCCGGGUUUAACGAGGUGUACCCACUCAACACUAUGCUGACAGACCAAGUCGACUUUGCGUCGCUGUACCCGACUAACUUUGCACAGUCGCCGCUGGCGAUCCAAACGGGUCAGCUCGGUAGUCCGCACGGUCCGCUCUGCUGGACGCCUACGGAUGCAACCUACAACCGCCUAAACGCCUUGUGGGGCAUCCCCGCCAUGCCCAACUGGGCGUCGCCAGACUUCAACAGUCCUCUCGCCACAGCCACCACGAUCGAGCCGAGAAGCACAAAGGUAGCGUCCGACCGCGCUCCUGUCAUGAACGGCAAACGUCUGCUGGAGGACGCCCUCGAUUCCGAGCAGAAGCCACCCCCUGCCACCCCGCAACCGAAGAAGAUGAAGAAAGACGACCCGUCGCUGGAAAUCCUGGCGAACGCUGCGCUGCUGCAGUCCAUCGGGCAAGCCGUUGUCCAAGACCCGAAGAGCAUGUUCGGCCAGAUCGUCAAGCAGACCGCCACCAAGAUGGGCGCCGCCGGCCGCCGCGGCAUCUCCGCCUCGGCCAAGCGCAUGUCGGCCGAGGGCGAGCACCACCAGCACCUCGUGUUCGAGGGCGACUUCCCCAAGGGCGUCGUGCUGGGCCUGACCCUGUUCGUGACCGUGGGCGGCGUGGGCGUGCCCGUGGCGCUGUACCGCUACCAGAACUGGAAGCACGGCUUCCCCCAGCAGGGCUAAGCAGCGACAGACAGACAGCGAGCAGAGCAGAGCAGAGCAGAGCGGAGUGGACGACGGACGCCCAGCUGAGGCUGUAGCAAGUGCAGAGCAGAGCGCGCGCCAGCGUUCGCCGCCUCUUCCUUUCUGAGCGUGCGUUUCGAGCUGAAAAAUAUUUUUUUGGUUCUCCCGAUCGGUCUUCAAGAGUCUUUUGCUACGCGUUUCGUUAGUGGAUGCAGUAGAGGACUUCAGCCAGGAGUUCGAGGAGGAGAAUCGACGUGAAUAAAUGAAGAAAAAAUGAGAAAAAAAGACAACAGCAUGGAGAGAAGGAGAGUAC